AUGUUUUCUAUUAGGUCAAACGACUACCACGAUCAAGGGAAAGAUCGGAUACUGAAGUAUAUGCUGGAAAUUGAGAUUAGACUUUCUGAUUUCAAAUCAUUAAUGGAUUGUGAAUCUUCUCUGCUUCCAUUUUGGGUACAUUCUGAGGGGAAACUUCAAGCGCUUGAACAAGCCAUUGGAUAUGAAAUUUCUCAACUCACUAAAUCUGAGCAGAUGAGUGAAGUUGAGAGUGGACAUACCGCGUUAGCAGAGAUGAACAGUACAUUACUACAUAACGAGAAAGACGAAACUGAAGAGACCGCUGGAUAUCCUACUCAACAUGUUGGCGGAAGUGAUGUGAACAUGAACAAAAUCAAAGAGACUGCACAUCCAACUGAGUUUGUUCUUGAACUCAAGCCGGACACUGACGAACAAAUGGACAUGGAUGUGGAUAUGGAAGUUGAUGAUGAAAUUACUGCAACUCAUACAACUUCUGGUGAUCUGUCAAAUGGAGAUCAUAUUGCUCAUCCAGCUUCUCCUCUAGUGGAGUGCCCACAUUCUGAGCAUGAAGAAGGAUUUAAUGUCCCUCCUCCAGAUGAAGAUUGGAUUCCUGCACCUCCACCUGAUAAUGAACCUAUCCCUCCACCUCCACCUGAUAAUGAACCUAUUCCUCCACCCCCACCAGAUGAACCUACCCUUUCUUAUACACCUCAUCCACCAUAUCCCGAGAGUGUACCACCUUUCUCUUUCACAGAGCAUUACAAUUUCUCUUAUCCUGUUUCCGGCUAUGGGUAUUACGGACCAUCUGUUCCUCCAAUUUCAAGCACUAACUAUUGUACGCAUACUGAAGGUAACCAGAUCGAUGUGUCGCAACCAUCUCAAUGUUAUGAAUCUGUGUCAAAUCAGUUUUCUGAAUGUGCUUCGAUAAUGGUUAAUCCUGUCGAGCCUAUUGUUUAUUAUGAUCCAAGUGGAACGGUACCCACUAUCACUAGCACUAUCCAGCCUUCAAAUGUGUAUGCCGGAUUAGGUGCUUCAAAUUACGCGCAUACAGCUGCGUCUGAUCAAUCUCAUCAGGGAAGUGGAAAGUCUGAGUACACCUUACCAGUAAGAAGUGCUGAGCUUGAUGUUUCCUCCUCCAGAAAGUCUGAUAUCGCGGCAUUACAGAUUCCACCUUGUUCUGCAACAGUCCAAGCCGCAGCCACUGUUGUGCUGAAAGAUGAUGAACCGGCAACCUCAGCAACUGUUACAGCACAGGCUGCCUUAUCAACAGCUGCGUCUAAAGCUCAAACUAAAGGUAUAUUAUCAGUAAGCAGAUUUUAG